UUAACCUAGGGCACGACAGUGCGCCCGUCCCCCAUGUUCCUCCGAGCGGGUACGGCCGGGAUCUCUCCGCUUCGCCACACUCUCCGGCCUGUUCUGGUCGCCGCCAUGAGCACUGGCACCUUCAUCGUGUCUCAGCCGCUCAAUUACCGCGGCGGGGCCCGCGUGGAUCCGGUGGACGCCUCCGGCACCGAGAAGGCGUUAGAGCCAGCAACCGGGCGAGUGAUAGCUACUUUCACGUGUUCAGGAGAAAAGGAAGUAAAUUUAGCUCUUCAAGAUGCAAAGGCUGCCUUUAAAAUAUGGAGUCAAAAAUCUGGCAUGGAACGUUGCCGAAUCCUUUUGGAGGCUGCCAGAAUGAUAAGGGAUCGGAAGGAUGAAAUCGCCACUGUGGAGACCAUCAACAACGGCAAGUCCAUCUUUGAGGCCCGCUGGGACAUUGACACUUCCUGGCAGUGCCUGGAGUACUAUGCAGGCUUAGCGGGAUCCAUGGCCGGCGAACACAUCCAGCUCCCCGGCGGAUCCUUUGGUUACACCAGAAGGGAACCACUAGGGGUGUGUGUCGGAAUAGGAGCGUGGAACUACCCCUUUCAGAUCGCCUGCUGGAAGUCGGCUCCAGCUCUGGCUUGUGGUAACGCCAUGGUCUUUAAGCCUUCUCCCUUCACACCUGUGUCCACACUGCUGCUGGCUGAAAUCUAUACUGAGGCCGGCGUGCCUCCUGGGCUCUUCAACGUGGUGCAAGGAGGGGCUGCCACAGGCCAGUUUCUGUGUCAGCAUCGCGAUGUGGCCAAAGUCUCCUUCACUGGAAGUGUGCCCACUGGCUCAAAGAUCAUGGAGAUGUCAGCUAAAGGAAUUAAACCUGUUACCUUGGAACUUGGAGGCAAGUCUCCACUGAUCAUCUUCUCAGAUUGUGAUAUGAAGAAUGCUGUGAAGGGGGCACUGAUGGCCAACUUCCUCACGCAAGGCGAGGUUUGUUGUAAUGGUACAAGGGUAUUUGUGCAAAAGGAAAUUCUUGAUCAAUUUUCAGAGGAAGUGGUGAAACAGACCCAAAGGAUAAAAAUUGGAGAUCCCCUUCUGGAAGAUACAAGGAUGGGUCCCCUGAUCAACCGACCACAUCUGGAGCGAGUCCUUGGGUUUGUUAAAGUGGCAAAGGAGCAGGGUGCUAAAGUAUUAUGUGGUGGAGACCUCUACGUACCUGAAGAUCCCAAAUUAAAGGAUGGGUAUUACAUGAGACCUUGUGUGUUAACUAAUUGUAGAGAUGACAUGACCUGUGUGAAAGAAGAGAUUUUUGGACCGGUUAUGUCCAUUUUAUCAUUUGACACUGAAGCUGAGGUUCUGGAAAGAGCCAAUGAUACCACUUUCGGACUAGCAGCUGGUGUCUUCACCAGGGACAUCCAGCGUGCCCACAGAGUGGUGGCUGAGCUUCAGGCUGGAAUGUGCUUCAUUAACAACUAUAAUGUCAGCCCAGUGGAGUUGCCCUUUGGUGGAUAUAAGAAGUCAGAAGCUCUCCAGAAGUCUUUGAUGUGUAGACUGGAUUGUGAACAGCUGACAUAUAUCUGAAAAAGGUUUAUCUCAUGGGGUUUGGCAGAGAGAAUGGCCGUGUGACAAUUGAAUAUUAUUCACAACUAAAGACUGUGUGUGUGGAGAUGGGUGACGUGGAGUCUGCUUUUUGAAAACGUGCAGAGAAGCCAGUGAACACGGCCGGGCCUGGGAAUAGUGAGAAGCGGCUCUCUUGACCGCGGCGGUGCAGCCACCUACCAGUUUAGAUCCAGAAUGUUGGCCAUUCAGGAUAAGAGAAUGGUUCAGUGUUACUCUUCAUCGCUCAAUCAAUUUCCUAAGUGAAAAUGCGCGUAAGUGCCUUUUAGAUGCUAAUCAAGAAAGCUGUGAUUUUUCCUUAAAGCAAAUUUCUGGGAAAUCUUUGAGAGCCACUAGCACACUACUGGAAAACAGGGGGAGGGACCAGGAUUGUUCUUCCACAGAGCCGACCCACUGACAGGUUCAUUCUCUAGCUUGCUUUAAAGAACCCGUGCCUUUAUAGAGGUUCCUGGGGGAAUCAGCAGAGAUUUCUGCUCCUUGACGUUUUUAAAGACAUGGCCCCUUGUCAUUCCAUUCAGAAGGCUGGCAGUCAGGAGAGAGGGCUUGGCUAAUUAAUAGACGGGUCUGUUUGGUGUGAAUGCUGACUGGCCAGAGCCAGCGCUGCGGGGAUGGGGGAAACCGGCUCCAGUCCUUGAGUUACAGCUUGCUCUCUUAUGACAGAAGAGUUUCCUUUUAAACGUACAAAUUAUCUGUAAUCCACUGCAGUAUACUGAAACUAAAUAAAUCACACCGUCAGUC